AUGUGUUCUGACUAUGAUACAGUAAUGUAUUCUUCGGGAGAAGUUGACAGAAGCGAUGGUAUCAUAUUGGGCUAUAAGAAGAGAUUGUCAAUGAUUGAAAAUCGUAUGCAACAUCUCUUGGAAGAUAUUAGUUUCGAUAUCCAGCAGAUUGAACCCAUUCUCGUUGACCUUCAAAGAAGUUAUGACACAAUUUUACAACUUCUACGAAAAAGGAAUGAUUCAUUGCAAUGUAAGGAUUUUAAUUAUCGAACUGAUCGAAUCCCCAUAAAAAAAUACGGAUCAGCAGAGGCAAACCUUAGAUUGACCGGAAAUUUUAUGAAGUUUCAGCUGGAUAGCGGACUAAAAUUCGGCGAGGAAAAUAUACUCAGGAUCCUGCAAAAUAACGUAGACUUCAAGCACUAUUUCCAGAUUGACAAUAACAAGAAGCAAAGGAUACUACUACUCGCCGUCUAUCAAUGUCUUAAUGGUCCAGUUCGCUUGCAUAAAACACUUAAUAUCGAUGGAAUUAUACAUAAUUGUAGUAUCAGAACCAUUCUAGGCAAACAAGUGUCCAGCUCCAAGUGGAUGGUGUUUCUGUAUGAUGUGAAGCUAGUUUUGUUAGCACAUAGGGGUGAUGUACCGGACUUGGAAACCAGCAAAAUGAUUGUCAGAUAUGGUGAUUUAUUUCCUUGCGCGUUGUAUUUCAAAGAUCAUGCAGCAUAUUAA